CAGAAAUAUCGACAGUACAUGGCAGGACUGCUGGCUCCUCCUUAUGGUGUUAUGGAAACGGGCUCUAACAAUGACAGGAUUCCUGACAAGGAGAACACACCUCUCAUUGAACCUCACGUUCCUCUUCGUCCUGCUAACACCAUUACCAAGGUUCCUUCAGAGAAGAUCCUCAGGGCUGGAAAAAUUUUACGAAAUGCCAUUCUCUCUCGAGCACCUCACAUGAUAAGAGAUAGAAAAUACCACCUAAAGACAUACAGGCAAUGCUGUGUGGGAACCGAGCUGGUGGACUGGAUGCUGCAGCAGACUCCCUGUGUCCACUCCCGAACUCAGGCUGUUGGCAUGUGGCAAGUGCUGGUAGAAGACGGCGUUCUCAACCACGUGGACCAGGAACACCAUUUCCAAGACAAAUAUUUAUUUUAUCGAUUUCUGGAUGAUGAGCACGAGGAUGCCCCUUUGCCUACUGAGGAGGAGAAGAAGGAGUGUGAUGAAGAGCUGCAGGACACCAUGCUGCUGCUGUCGCAGAUGGGCCCGGACGCCCACAUGAGGAUGACCCUCCGCAAACCACCUGGCCAGAGGACCGUGGAUGACCUAGAGAUUAUCUAUGAAGAGCUCAUUCACAUUAAGGCCUUAUCCCAUCUUUCUACAACAGUGAAACGAGAGUUAGCAGGUGUUCUCAUUUUUGAGUCUCAUGCCAAAGGAGGAACCGUGUUGUUUAACCAGGGGGAAGAAGGCACCUCCUGGUACAUUAUUCUAAAAGGAUCAGUGAAUGUAGUCAUUUAUGGCAAGGGUGUGGUCUGUACCCUGCAUGAGGGGGAUGACUUUGGCAAGUUAGCACUAGUGAACGAUGCCCCAAGAGCUGCUUCUAUCGUCUUGCGAGAAGAUAAUUGCCAUUUCUUAAGAGUGGACAAGGAGGAUUUCAACCGGAUCCUGAGGGACGUUGAGGCGAAUACAGUCAGACUUAAAGAACAUGACCAAGAUGUCUUGGUGCUGGAGAAGGUCCCAGCAGGGAACAGGGCUUCUAAUCAAGGAAACUCACAGCCUCAGCAAAAGUAUACUGUGAUGUCAGGAACACCUGAAAAAAUUUUAGAGCAUUUUCUAGAAACAAUACGCCUUGAGCCAGCUUUAAAUGAAGCAACAGAUUCCAUUUUAAAUGACUUUGUUAUGAUGCACUGUGUUUUCAUGCCAAAUACCCAGCUUUGCCCAGCCCUGGUGGCCCAUUACCACGCACAGCCUUCACAAGGCACGGAGCAGGAGAAAACAGACUACACCCUCAACAAUAAGAGGCGAGUCAUCCGCCUAGUGCUGCAGUGGGCCGCCGUGCACGGGGACGUGCUACAAGAGGAUGAUGUGGCCGUGGCUUUCCUCGAGGAGUUUUAUGUGUCUGUAUCAGAUGAUGCCCGGAUGAUUGCUGCCCUCAAGGAGCAACUGCCUGAGUUAGAGAAGAUUGUCAAACAAAUUUCAGAAGAUGCAAAGGCUCCACAAAAGAAGCACAAAGUUCUUUUGCAACAGUUCAACACAGGCGAUGAGAGAGCCCAGAAGCGCCAGCCUGUCCGCGGCUCUGAUGAAGUUCUGUUUAAAGUCUAUUGCAUGGACCACACCUACACAACCAUUCGGGUGCCGGUGGCCGCCUCGGUGAAGGAAGUCAUCAGCGCAGUUGCUGACAAACUAGGCUCUGGAGAAGGCCUGAUCAUCGUCAAGAUGAGCUCUGGAGGAGAAAAGGUGGUGCUCAAACCUAAUGAUGUUUCAGUAUUUACGACGCUCACCAUUAAUGGACGCCUAUUUGCUUGCCCGCGAGAGCAAUUCGAUUCACUGACUCCCUUGCCAGAGCAGGAAGGCCCAACUGUUGGAACAAUGGGAACUUUUGAACUGAUGAGCUCCAAAGAUUUAGCAUACCAGAUGACAAUUUAUGAUUGGGAACUCUUCAACUGUGUGCAUGAGCUGGAGCUAAUCUAUCACACAUUUGGAAGGCAUAAUUUUAAAAAGACCACAGCAAACUUGGAUUUGUUCCUGAGGAGAUUUAAUGAAAUUCAGUUUUGGGUUGUCACUGAGAUUUGCCUUUGUUCUCAGCCCAGCAAGCGUGUUCAGCUCUUAAAAAAAUUUAUUAAGAUAGCAGCCCACUGUAAGGAGUACAAAAAUCUGAAUUCCUUUUUUGCCAUCGUCAUGGGGCUAAGUAAUGUUGCUGUAAGCCGCUUGGCACUCACGUGGGAGAAACUGCCAAGCAAGUUCAAGAAGUUCUAUGCGGAGUUUGAAAGUUUAAUGGAUCCUUCUAGAAACCACAGGGCCUACAGGCUGACAGUAGCUAAGCUGGAGCCUCCUCUCAUCCCCUUCAUGCCUUUGCUCAUUAAAGAUAUGACAUUUACUCAUGAGGGGAACAAGACGUUCAUUGACAAUCUAGUAAACUUUGAAAAAAUGCGCAUGAUUGCGAAUACUGCCAGAACAGUGAGAUACUGCAGGAGCCAGCCCUUCAAUCCUGAUGCAGCUCAAGCUAAUAAGAACCAUCAGGAUGUCCGGAGUUAUGUCCGGCAAUUAAAUGUGAUUGACAACCAGAGAACUUUAUCACAGAUGUCACACAGAUUAGAGCCUCGUCGACCGUAG